AUGAAGUUCAGCAUCGCUGUCGCCGCCUUUGCGGCUACCCAGCUCGACUUGGCUGCUGCCCACUCUUACAUCUACGGAGUGUUCCUCAACGGUGUUGACCAGGGCUCAUUCAACGGUAUCCGGAUACCCGCUUUCAACGGGCCUCCUCCAAGGGGCUACGCCAACUCACCCGUCAAGGACGUCACUAGUCCCGAUAUACGAUGCAACGUCCUCGGCGACCGCGCUGUUCCUUACACUAUUGACGUUGUUCCCGGUGACACUCUGACACUGGACUGGCACCACGACGAGCGAACCCAGAAGGACGAUGUUAUAGACAAGUCCCACCACGGCCCUGCGCUGGCCUACCUCUCCCCCGACCCGCCCACCGAGAACUCCUUCGUCAAGAUUUGGCACAAGGGCAAGUACGAGCAAGCUUCCGAGCCUCUUGGUGAGGGCAAGUGGGCCAUCACCUCCGAGAUCAAGCCAAGGCAUGGAUUGAUGAAUGUCAGGAUCCCUGCUGAUCUCAAGCCUGGACCGUAUCUGCUCCGCGCCGAGAUGAUCGCCCUGCACGAGGCCGACGCCAAGUUCAACGAGAACCCCAUCCGCGGCGCCCAGUUCUACCCCAACUGCGUCCAGCUCAUGGUCGGCGGAAACGGUACCGUCGAGCUCCCCCAGGGCGUCUCCUUCCCCGGAGCUUAUAGCUUCGACGACCCCGGGGUGCAUCACGAUGUCUACUGCUCCACCAAGACGACCACCACCGUCCCCUGCACAACGGAGUACAUCAUCCCCGGCCCCACCGUCUGGUCCGGCGCCUGGCCCGAGACCACCGACGUCGAGGUCGGUCCCACGACCGGUGCCACCCGCAUCACGGCGUGGUCUUCCUGGGUUCAGAACGGAGUCGUGACCUCGGGGGUGUACGAUGGCGCUAGUGUUAAGAUUGAAGGGUCGGCGAGCUAUGUACCGAGUUGGCCGACGACUUACGAGGCUCCGCAACCCACCAGUUGA